AGUCCAAAAUGGCUUGUCAAAUAUAUAUUCACUAUAUAUAUUAUGGGCAAGUAUGGAAUAAUUUCAUAUAGCUUCAAAGAAAAACUAUAUAUGGAUCAUAUUGUUUCAUCUUCUUUUCUCUCAUUAUUUCUUCUUUUUAUUUUGCUUCAACAACAAGGGGAAGCCACUAAAAAGCCUUAUAUUGUGUACUUGGGAACACAUUCACAUUCUCAUGGUGUGAACCCUUCUUCUGAUGAUCUUGAAAGUGCCACAAAUUCUCAUUACAACCUUCUUGGAUCAUACUUAGGAAGUGAGGAAAAAGCAAAAGAUGCCAUAUUUUACUCAUACAAUAGACAUAUUAAUGGCUUUGCUGCAAUUCUUGAUGAGACAGAAGCUGCACAAAUUAGAAAGCAUCCAGAUGUGAUAUCAGUCUUUCUGAGCAAAGGAGUAAAGAAAUUUCAUACAACUCAUUCAUGGGAAUUUCAAAGAUUGGAAAGAAAAGGUGUUAUCCCUUAUCAAUCUAUUUGGAGCAAAACACAAUUGGGUGAAGAUGUGAUUAUUGGAAACUUGGAUAGUGGUGUUUGGUCUGAAUCGAAGAGUUUUGAUGAAUAUGAAGGGAUCGGACCUAUUCCAUCAAAGUGGCGUGGAAGUUGCCAACCAGUUGUUAAAGACAAAGUCCGUUGUAAUAGAAAACUAAUAGGAGCAAAAUACUUUAGCAAAGGCUAUAUUGCACUCAUGAAGACUCUCAUCAACAACACUUCUUCGCUUCAAUCCUUUAUGCGAAAGGUGAACUUUUUCACUAGUCGAGAUAGGGAAGGGCAUGGUACACACACACUUUCUACUGCAGGGGGUAGUUUCGUCCAUGGAGCAAAUAUAUUUGGAAAUGGGAAUGGCACAGCAAAAGGUGGAUCCCCAAAAGCUCGUGUUGCUGCUUAUAAGAUCGGUGGUUGGCUAAACGCUGAUGAUAUGCCUAAUGCGCCUGCCUACACUGAUGCUGAUGUUAUGGCGGGCUUUGAUGCUGCAAUAAGUGACGGUGUAGACAUAAUUUCACUCUCUCUGGGUAGUGAUACACCUACUGAAUAUUUUGAUGAUGUAGUUUCGAUAGGGAGUUUUCAUGCUAUUAUGAAAAACAUUGUUGUGGUUGCCUCGGCUGGAAAUGAAGGACCUGAUCCAAAGACUGUAACUAGUGUAUCGCCAUGGACUAUAACCGUGGCAGCUAGCACACUUGACCGCGAGUUUUACAAUUACGUUUCUCUAGGAAACAAAAAACACCUUAAGGGAGUAACUCUUUCUUCAGGAGGCUUGCCAUCACAAAAGUUUUAUCCAUUGAUUUAUGGUGGAUUCUGCAACCCUAAAAGUCUUCAACCAAAUAUUGCAAAGGGAAAGAUUUUGGUUUGUCUUGUUGGAGAUAAUACUACAACACUUGAAAAGGGUCACCAAGCUUCUCUUGUUGGUGCUGUUGGAAUGAUUCUUUUCAAUCAUCCCUUAAUUGGGAAUGAAGUCACUCCUGAGUCUCAUGUGCUCCCAACAUCUCAUCUCAAUGCCAUUCAAGGCAAUUUUCUAGUUGAUUACCUCAACACUACAAGAAAUCCUGUUGCAUACAUAACUCCAACAAAGACUAAAAUUGGAGUAAAGCCAGCGCCAGUCAUGGCUUCAUUUUCAUCAAGAGGACCUAACGUUAUUCAACCAGCUUUAAUUAAGCCAGAUAUUACAGCACCAGGAGUCCUUAUUAUUGCUGCAUAUAGUGAAUCUGCUUCACCAACAAGUGAAUCAUUUGAUAAGCGUCAAGUCAAAUUCAAUGCAAUCUCAGGAACUUCAAUGUCAUGCCCUCAAGUUUCUGGGAUAGCUGGUCUUUUGAAAUCUCUAUACCCAAAUUGGAGUUCAGCAGCAAUUCAUUCAGCUAUAAUGACUACAGCAAGAGUUCGUGAUAACAACAAUGAGGCAAUGUUGGAUUGGGACAUGAAAAAAGCAACACCCUUUCAAUAUGGUUCGGGUCACAUUCAACCUAAUCGAGCUAUGGAUCCUGGACUUGUGUAUGAUCGAACAAUCGAUGAUUACAUGAACUUUUUGUGUGCUCAUGGCUACAAUGAAACAAUGCUCAAGAAGUUCUACAAUAAAUCAUAUAAAUGCCCUAAAUCAUUCACUUUAGCCAACUUCAACUACCCUUCCAUUGCAGUUACAAAUCUAAGUUCAAAAUCGGUUACAAUCGUUAUUAGAAAAGUUAAGAAUGUUGGCUCGCCAGGCACCUACAAAGCAUAUGUGAGAGCUCCACCGGGAGUUUCGAUUUAUGUUAGACCCAAUAAUUUACAAUUUACCAAAGUUGGUGAAGAGAAGAAAUUUGAGAUAAUUUUGAAGCCAAAGGUUGUUGGGAAGCCUAAAGAUUAUGUGUUUGGACAAUUAAAAUGGUCUGAUGGAAAGCAUUAUGUAAGGAGUCCUAUCGCAGUGAAGUACUAAAAUUAAUAAGGAAUAAUGCAAAAUAUUGAUCAAAUAUUAUGAUCAUAUUAUGAAUAAUAUUUUGUAUAAUAUUUUGUCAACAAUUCAAAGAGUAUUUGGUUAUAUAUCCAUUUAUUUAUUA